UUGUGUAUCUUAAUUUUUUUAUAUCAACUUUAAGGAGUAUCAGACUUUUAUUGUCAACUUGAAAUGACCUCUUGCAAAGUAGCGUUGCCAAGGGCUUUACGAUCAAUUAAAGUUUUUUGCCAUGUAACAGACUAUUGAACUUCGGAUUAGGUGUAUUAAGGUUGUUUAUAAACAAAAUUGUUGUAAAGUACCAAGAAAACGAGACAUGCAGUCACUACGCAAUUAUCGGAUGUAGUGACAUCACACAGUUUACUAGCAAAUUCGCCUAUUCGUUCUACUGCAUUCAGUGUACAUACACUCUUGUACAUCAACGCAACAGGUGCAAAUGAAUGUUUCCUUCUGUUGUUUGCAAUGUGAUUCCUAGUAUAUUAUCGAGGAUGCUGGCACUUGAUCCGCUGUCCGACAUCGAACGGGCAUUCAUACGAAGAGUUGCCCUUGAGGGAAAGGUCCGUGUAGACGGGCGGUCUCGUCGUGAAUCGAGAGAACUAAACGUCGAACUUCUCGAUGACCCCGGGUCAUGCAUUGUUUCACUUGGUGAAACUAAGGUUCUAGCACAAUGUUCAGCGCACCUCUGCGAGCCUAAACCGACGCGGCCAAAUGAAGGUCGUCUUUCAAUACAUUUCGAUGUUUCUCCAAUGGCUGCUCCAUUGCAAGACAAUCGAACUGUUGAAUACCGUGUUGAUAUAGGACGACUGCUAGAUCGUGUUAUUAGGGAUUCAGAAUGUGUUGAUCUUGAAAACCUGUGUCUUGUGGCUGCUGAAAAAGCUUGGGAGGUUCGAGUAGACGUAGUUCUUCUAAACCUUGGUGGAAAUGUUGCUGAGUGUGCAAGCAUAGCUACGGUUGCAGCCCUAGCACAUUUUCGAAGACCGGAUGUCACCAUCGUUGGGAAAGAGGUUACGAUUCAUCCUGUGGCAGUACGUGAACCAGUCUCUCUGCACCUGUAUCACUAUCCAUACUGUCUUAGCUUCGCUUUUUUCGAGCCGCACGAAACGCAACAAACGCUGGAGAACACAAGUGACAAAGCAGGGAAAGACGGCUCUCCCGGUUCUUCACACGAAUCAGACAAGACCAUCCCGCUACAAAUUGCGACAGUUAUCGUUGAUCCAUCGUUGGACGAAGAGGCUUGCUGUGACGGUGUUUUGACCGUAGGCGUAAACAGUCAUGAUGAGGUGUGUGCUCUGCAGCAGCGUGGUUGUCUUUUAACUUCUGCGCAAAUUAAGCUUUGCAUCAAGAUUGCCUGUGCACGAGCUGCAGAAAUCAGUAAAACCAUCAAGAAUACUCUUACGCCACCAGCAGACGAGAAAAAUCGCAAAAACUUCAAAUGUGCAGAAAUCAAUAGGGAUAGCGUACACAUGCGAGGACAUGACGAAGAAGAACAAAGAGAAUAGCUUUAAGAAUUCGUGUACACUUAGUGGUAUUUUAUUCCUAGAACGGAACAUGAAUUACAGCAAAAGUUCACCUAUAUAGAAUUAGUUGAGAGGCUUCAUACGAAACGAAAACGAAAAUAAUGGUUUGCUAUCAGUCGACCCCUUGAUUAGACGCUGUGUAAACAUGCAAUAGAAAAAAAUUAUGUUUGAUAUAUGACAAUUGUGUGGAUUGUUUUUAUUACAUAAGUCUGUUUUCGAAAGCUAGUCAAUGUACUAACCAUUUCUUUUCUAACUAAUAAGUAACGCAACAUAAUUUCAAUCGCAGAUUAAAAUUUGGCAUUGAAAAUAAGAACAUAAUUAGAACCUGCUUUUGAAGAGGGGAAACGGCCACUUUCUGUAUCUUUUAAUAGACUGAAGAAGCUAGUAAGGUAAGACCUUAAAGAAGAGCACCCAUUUCAGAGGCAGACCUCGAAAAGUAGCAGACAUAUUUUUUUCAGAUGUAAUGCGGAAUGGCACUAGAUCAUCAGUGACCAACAAACUACAGGCAAGAAACACAUCGAAUGAUUUCCACGACCGUAGAAAAACUUGGCAAAACCCCUUAAAUUUGGCAAAACGCCGGCGAAGAUAAAAAUAAUAGGUUACGUCAAAUUGCACGCCUAAGCAGAAUUUGACGGCCGAACAGAACCAUUUCACUAAGAUGAACGCACCGGGUGGUUCGGCGCUUUCGCUCCUUGGAAUCAUCGUUUCACUCAAUAACACAAGUUGGGGCAAGUAGACUGCCAACGAAAAAGAGCUCAGCCUGCUUGUUCAUACAUAAUGUUCGUUUGACUGCGCGAUUUAUAGGUUCAUUAGAUUUAGAUUCCACAAGUACUAAGAUCCAAAUCAUAUAAGUCAACUAGACAUUGCGAAAGUUGAGAAUAAAUACUUGUCCAGACUUGCUGCCGAAAGCUCUAAAUUAAAAUUUAUUUAGAAAUCCAGGUAUGCUUCAGAAAAGAGCCGAUCUUUGAAUACAACGCCAUAUUCCACUGCGUAGCACCAUACCGCCUCGCCCUUAGCUAUAAACAAACUUUUGUUGACGGUAUCAAAACGAAUGGAGAUAAUCUGGCCUCAACUACAGACACACGCCAAUAAGGCGGAAGAGCGCUAAAUCCGCUUGAUCUUAUUUUAACCUCGAAUCCUUUAAGCUUCGUCAAGAAUCUGUGAAUGGCCUUGCGAGCUGGACAAUUUUUAAGCGUUUGGAUUCUGUGUGAAAUGUUUUUCAGGUAGUAAAAUUCCUGAGGGUCGACAAAAUCUAAAGGCGCGAAUCUUGAAUUUGUGCUCCGAUCGCUUUUACUUUAUUGGCUGUUACACAUCCGAUCUGAACCGGAUAACUAGUUGAUUUAGUGCUAGGAGAGCACUCAUAUUUGAACACGUUCACUAGGCAUAAUAACCACUAAAUUGCAUUAUCUAAUAUAUAGAUUUCUAUCGAACACUUUGCUAAGAUAAGCGAUUUUAUUCGAAGCGUGUAGUCUGCUCCGACUGUGAAAUGUUUUUUUUAAAUACAUUUUUCUACCUUCAAGGUUCUUAAUCUUGAGAUAGUAAUAACUUAUACUUUAAAAUGUAUUGACAUUUACGAGCCCGAUAGUAUUCUUGCUGAACAAUAAAAAUAUAGCAUUGCAGGUUCGGAAAGAUAAUCUUUACUGUUGCAAAUUUUUCGCCAGUGUUGUGUGCGUACCAGGAAGCAAAAUGUUGUUAAUUUGCCUCAAUAUAGAAUUUCUAAAGUCCGUUAUAAGUCUCUUCACUUUUAACUCAUCUAACUAUUACCAUGGCAUUACGCGUGAAAUCAACUAAUUAUAUAACGAAUAGAACGUAUUGAUAUAGUAUAAUUACGAAGGUUUAUGCUCCACAAAAAAAUGUUUCAUGAAAUGCACCGAGAGAGGAAGAAUCGAAUCGGCACAGAAUAAACUAAUAGCUCUGAUUAGCUGAUAGCAUGUAGCAUCAGUUCAUUGCUGUGAAUUAAACCGUGUUUGAUUUUAUUUUAAAAGUGUUUGUCAUCAUUGUAAAAUUAUGUGGCCUCUAGCAAAAAUACUGAAAUUGUCAAACAACAAUGAUCGUGAGCUUUUUCGAAAGUCAAAAUUUCUUGGCGGC